AGGGCGCGCACACGUUACUAGUAACUGCAAAAAUCGGGGGACAGAGAAGCGUUCGCCUGACUCGCCCCCACUCCCGAGUGGCCGAAGCCCCGACCGGCGACCCCGCAGAUCUGUCCAAGCGUUCGCCUGACUCGCCCCCACUCCCGAGUGGCCGAAGCCCCGACCGGCGACCCCGCAGAUCUGUCCCAUUGUUCUCCGUCCUCCCCGUCGUGUCCUCCUUGAUCCUUCUUCGAGUGGCAAGUGCUGACCUCGCCUCCUAUUCCUCCGGUAGCCCUACUGGGGCGCCGGGCGCACAGAUCUGCUCACCCCUGGACGCUAGGCGCUGCCCAGCUCUUCCCUGCCAGCCGGUCGCGGCGGCUGCAAGCCAGCACGGCAGGGCUGCUGGUGCCUGCUCUUGUCCUCCGGCACAGCGCAGGGUGUCGGGGUCGCUCCCAGCUGGCCAUCCUCUCGGCCCCCUUGUUGCACAGCGAGUCAAUUUGGUGAAUCCCCCCUCCCCUCUCACGCUCCACCACUGAUCAUGGGGCUACUCAGCAUUAUCCGCAAGAUCAAGCGCAAGGAGAAGGAGAUGCGCAUCCUCAUGGUUGGCCUGGACAACUCGGGGAAGACAACCAUCGUUCUCAAGAUCAAUGGGGAGGACACCAGCAUCAUUAGCCCAACCCUUGGAUUCAACAUCAAGACCAUCAAGUACCACAAAUACUCUUUGAACAUAUGGGAUGUUGGAGGACAGAAGACAAUCAGGUCUUACUGGAGAAACUACUUUGAGCAGACUGAUGGAUUAGUUUGGGUUGUUGAUAGUUCAGACAUAAGGAGGCUUGAUGAUUGCCGUGCUGAACUCCACAAUCUCUUGAAAGAAGAGAGACUAGUUGGAGCUUCAUUGUUGGUUUUUGCAAAUAAGCAAGACAUACAGGGAGCUCUAAAACCAGAUGAAAUUGCGAAGGUUCUGAAUCUGGAAGUGAUGGACAGAAGCAGGCACUGGAAGAUUGUGGGCUGCAGCGCUUACACGGGAGAGGGGCUUCUCGAGGGCUUCGACUGGCUGGUCCAGGACGUCGCUUCUCGGAUCUACGUCCUAGACUGAUGCUAUUUGCCGCGUCAGUCAUCCUAGACUGAUGCUAUUUGUCGCGUUGGUGCUACUUGAGCAUCAUUAGAGUUUGGUGCGUGCAUUAAAGCCUGUACUAAGGCCCUGUUUGUUUAGGGUUUAUGGUUUUAGGGUUUAGGGAUUUGUGUUCACUCUUACUCGCUUCGGAUUUGCGGUGGUAUUUGUUUGCUUGUGUUACAUUGAGGUAAAUCUAAACGAUCAUGAGUUCAUUUCUCUUUAUUUACAUGUCAGAUUAAGUUUUUCCCAA